AUGGCCUCCAAGAUAGUCGUCCUGGGCGACGUCAAUUGCGAGUUCCGCGAAGUCUUCACCAAACUCGCCAAACUCCAUGUAAAACAGAACUUUUCCUUCGCAAUCGUCGCGGGCGACCUCUUUGGCGACUGUUCAACGGAGCGUGAGCUGGAUGAGAUCACCGCUUUGCUCCAGCAGAACAUUACCGUCCCCAUCCCAACCUACUUCACGCUGGGCAAUCACCCGCUGCCCACACGAGUCAUCGAGCAGAUCGAAGCCAACGACGAAGUCUGCCCCAAUCUGUAUUUUCUCGGCCGCCGCGGCACGCUGAAGACAUCCGAGGGCAUCCGCAUCGUCGCGCUAGGAGGCAACCUCGACACGGAGAGCAAACAACCCAUCGACAAGUACCAGCCGGCGUACGCAGAAUCCGACGCCAAAGCGCUGUACGGCGCGCACUCCGCCGACAUCCUCAUCACGCACCAAUGGCCCAAAGACGUCCGCUUUCGGUCCAACGUCGCCCUCCCAGAGGGCGCCACGCCGCCUGUUGAGGUCCCGUGCAUCGCAGACCUCUGCUCGACGCUGAAACCGCGCUACCACCUCUCCUCCUCCGCCUUCUUCUACGAACGCGAGCCCUUCUUCCACCUACCCACCGAGGACAACCCCGACGCCAAGCCGCUCACGCGCUUCAUCAGCCUCGCCCCCUACAGCAAGACCUCCAAGCAGAAAUGGAUGUACGCCUUCACGCUCGACCCCAAGGCCGCCCCGCCACUCACCCUCCCACCCGGCGCUACGGCCUCGCCUCUCCCCUCCCUCGCGCCCAAACGCAAACCCCUCUCCAGCCAAAAAGACUCCUAUCAGCGCUUCGCCGUCGACGACGCCGACGCCGACAGCCACCGGCCCCGCAAGCGCGCCCGCGGCCCGCCCCCAGGCCCUGACCAAUGCUUCUUCUGUCUCUCCAACCCCAACAUCGCCACGCACCUUAUCACCUCCAUCGGCAACGAAAGCUACCUCACCACCGCCAAGGGUCCGCUUCCCACCUCAAAAACGUUCCCCGCGCUCGGCUUCCCCGGCCACAUGCUCAUCAUCCCGUUCACGCACGCCCCGACGCUGGGCAGCAUCGCCGACGCCGAGUCCCGCGCCUCCACCUACGGCGAGAUGCAGCGUUACCGCGCCGCGCUGCAGUCCAUGCUCCAGCAGCGCGCGCAGGGCGCCCUCGGCGCCGUCACCUGGGAGGUCAGCCGCGGCAACGGCAUCCACGUGCACUGGCAAUUUCUCCCCGUGCCCGCGGCGCUGGUGACCCGCGGGCUCGUCGAGGCCGCCUUCCGCGUCGAGGCCGAGAACCUCAAGUACCCCAAGUUCGAGGCCGCCGCGGCGUCGGCGGACCCGAGCGCAGAGCCGGGGGAUUACUUCCGCGUGUGGAUAUGGGGUCCGCCAGACGCGUCGAAGGAGGAACAAGAGGAGACGGGGAAUGAGGGAGAUAAAACCACUGCGCGCGAGAAAUGUCUUCUGCUCCCGCUGGGGCCGGACUUCCGGUUUGAUCUGCAGUUCGGGCGGCGGGUGAUGGCGAAACUGAUGGAGUUGGAGAAACGCAUCAACUGGAAGAAUGACGUGCAGUCGCAGGCGGAGGAGGAGAGGGAUGCGACGGCGUUCAAGGAGGCGUUCAAGGAGUUUGAUUUUACGUUGGAGGAGUAG